AUUUGUCUGACAUCAGGUGAUUGACACCCCCCAACAUGGGUGACCUUGCUUCGCAAGGUAACUCUGUCUCCUAGUAUUUACGGUCCCUUUCUCACCACUAUACCUGCUUCAUUUCACUGCAUUUUUGGUCUUCAGAUUGAUAAAAGGAACUUUUGACGUUAUGAUGAAUGCAUCUCGCCAGAAAUCGAUGUUAUCCGCCGUGUAGUUGUGUUCACAUUCAAUGCCUACACUGCCAUAUGUUCUUGCCAAAGAUGCAAUCUAUCUAUUGGAUGCGCGGACAGCUAUCGGUCCUAUCAAUAUUGGCGAUGAAGACAAACCUGUGCAUUCCUUUGUUAACAAUGUGCGUGCUUCGUAUUUCUGCUCGUUCAUCCUCGAGGUUCGAGAUAUGGACGUUUUCGAGUCACGACAUGUUGCCAGCCCUCAAGAGAACCUGCCAGUUCGCUGUUAUUAUCCAGGACAUCCGCGUUUCACCCAAACCCUUUUGCCUGUCGCCGGCCAGUAGCAUCACUGGAGAUCGGUGCAGCAUGACUGUCAAGACAUCGCCUUGGGGAACUUUAGACACAGUCGGUUCGCCCAAGUCAAAGUCCUCAAUACAUUUAAAAGCUAUUGCAUCCUCCGCAUCAACUUUGCGUUCCAUCCAAAUGCUCGUCGUGGAUAGUGAGCUCAAGACGGUUGCCUCUGCGACCUUUGAAUGGAUAUAUUUGUUUAUGGUCAAUUGCACACAGCGCCAUCGAGGAUGAGAAUAUGGGGAGACACAAUAUGUCUAUUCGCAGAGACGAACGAAGGAC